UCCGGGUACGGUGGCGAUGAGAUACCUGCUACUUGCAAGUAUUUUACAUCAAAGAAAUGUUUGGCAGACGCUCCAUCCUUCGUCCAUCGACUGGUGCUCAAUAUUACUGAAAACUUGCCCUGUCCUGCCAGCAUGAUUGCGGAAAAUCAUGCUUCAGGAAUGCUCUGGAAUGCUGCUUCAACCAUCGCAAGUGGUCUAAUGACGGUGGUAACUCUGGGUUAUUCACGUCGCACUGCCAACGCAAAGGUAGAGGCCAAAGCAGAGUCGAGCAGUCCAGGAGGCGGUGUGCUGCAUCCACUAGCGAAGCAGAGCUGCCAUCUCUUACUUGUUCUCACCACCCAAUCGACUGGCUUUAUCUCUGCCACUUCUGGUGUCUCCACUGCCAAUGGCGAGGACGGCACUACCCCAGCUCUUAACUCCGUCGAUACCUCUGCUGUCACCGCUUCUAGAAGCAUCUUCCGGGACAUUGGUUCAAACCCUUAUCGUGAGGCCCUGUUUGCUCUCACUCCUCUCAAGGUGCGCUUUUAUGUGACCUGA